GGUUCCAGUUGUGAGCAGUGCAGAGAAGGAGCCACGUACUCAGGUGCAGUAAUAUCUCCCAACUUAGAAACCACUAAAAUUAUGCGAGUUCCUCAUGCUAUGUCAGUGUCCGACUGCAUCGCAGCAUGUUGUGACCUCUCUGGUUGUGACUUGUCCUGGAUGUUUGAACGACGCUGUUACAUUGUGAACUGCCAACACAAAGAGAAUUGUGAACCUAAAAAAAUUGAAACUGUGAAGUCCUAUCUUACUUUUGUGCUGAGGCCUUCUCAGAGGCCAGCCUCGCUGCUAGGAUUUGGGCAAGUGAUCCCAAGCAUGGUCCACUCUGUGGGAUUCCAGAAUGAGCCAUCUGAGGAAGUGAGUAGCUUGAAGGAGCUGUCUCUGCUUGGCAAAGAUCCCAGCCUUGAGGAGAUACCCGAAUACAUUGAUGAUUAUAAAGAGUUGGAGCAGGACCCCUUUCAGGUGAGCAUCAAACAUGAGCAGAAGGAGAGCACGGAUUAUGCUGACUGGGGCCUGAUGGUGGCAGGUGAAAAUGGCUUCAACUCUUCUGUGGGUGAUGAUGGAGAUAACCAGGAAGACUUUGCUGAAAAGAAAGGGGAGGCUGAGAAGGUGGAAAGCCUUCUGAGUAAAAACAGCUCUGAACUGAACUCUGUCACUGAACACUCCACAGAGAGGUUGUCAUAUCUCACGGAGAUUACACCAUUCCCCGGGAAGACAUCUGAAAGUAAAGCAGCAGUUCAACUUCUUGCACAACCUGAUGAUUCUUUGCAAAAAGAGGCUGCUACGCCUUCCCCUUCUUCAGACAAACUGGAUUUCUCCCCAGGUGUGUCAGAGAAAACCCAGACUCCCACAGUGGCCCCAGAGAAUGUCACUGAAGGUGGGAUCAUGCUACUUCCCAUUAAUACUGUGCCAUCUGAGCCCAUGCAGCAAUUCACACCACCUGCUACUGCUGCUAAAGCAGAUACAGUAAAAGAACUUAUUGUGUCUGCUGGAGAUAACAUACAAGUGAUGCUACCCAAAAAUGAGGUUGAACUGAAUGCCUUUGUUGUCCCACCACCACCUACAGAAACAGCCUACACCUAUGAAUGGAGCUUAAUCAGUCACCCUCCUGACUAUGGUGGUGAAAUGGAGCGCAGGCACAGCCAGACCCUGAAGCUCUCUCAUUUAUCGGUUGGACUUUAUGCCUUCAAAGUGACUGUUUCUGGUGAAAAUGCCUUUGGUGAAGGUUUUGUAAAUGUCACUGUCAAACCAGCAGUCAGAGUUAACCAGCCGCCUGUUGCAGUUGCUUCACCCAAAGUACAAGAAGUUUCUUUGCCUACAACUUCUACCUUCAUUGAUGGCAGUCAAAGUAUAGAUGAUAUGAAGAUAGUGAGUUACCACUGGGAGGAAAUUAAAGGUCCUUUGCGAGAGCAGAAGGCAUCUGCUGACACACCUGUCUUGCACUUGUCUAAUCUUGUUCCUGGAAACUACACUUUCAG